AUGCUUAAGGAAUUUGAAACCAAGGCAAGUUUGGCCGUAACACUCCGAAAUAUCCGCAUUAGGAUGCGGGCUAGGUGUCCGGCUAUCGCAAAACUACGGAGGAUGCAAGGUUUGGAAGAAACUCUGGAAAGGGAAAGAUCAGCGUGGGAUGAAGGCAGCGGUCUUGGCCUCAACCGCUGGCCUAGACACCUGGCUUCUGGGGCCCGCCCGAUCGAGCUGAACCCCCUCCCCUUCAGUCCUGCAGAGCCGGGGGGAGGCAGGGACGCGAGUGAGGCGGGGCGAGUCCUGGUGCGGCGCGCCCGGCAGACCGAGCGGGUGGCCCUCUGCGGGCUGCCCCUCUCCAUCCCUCCGCGGAUCCCCCGCCCUUACCUCCGGGCGCGAGGGUGUCGGCUGCAGAGGGUCCUAGGGAGCAGCGAGCUGCCUGGGGGUCGGGCUCAGCGGCUGCCAGCGACGGCGGGGUCUCUCGCGGGACCGCUGCUCAUGGCUUGUAGCGCCAGAGCACUGCAGCCGCGGCCACGGCGGCGCCCUCCUCCUCGUUCUCUUCGCGGGCUUCCAGCCGGGACGCAGCUAACGCCCCAGCCCCGCAAGCCCUCCUCCCCUCCGCCUCCCCGGCCGCGGACGGAGCCGCCUCCAGCACCGCCCCGCGCGCAGCUGGGCCAGCGGCAGCCAGCGCCGCCCAGCGCCCGGCCCUGGGGUCGCUACCGCCAGCCGAGUCGACUCCGCGGUGCCAGCCCCGCUGUGACGCAGGCCGCGCUGCCCGGGAACUUCCUCCCCUGCAGAGACCACCCCGCGCCCAGGACCCGCCAGCGAGGGCUGCCGCCCGCCGCCGGGGGCUUUCUCCAGGACUGGGAGAGAAAUCCUGUCUCCGCUUCGCGACGCGGCCACUCCCACCCCUGAGACGCCCACCUGGCGGGCUCUGCGUGGGGGGAUUCGGCUGCGUCUAAUACCACCUCCACCACUCAUCCCUAACAAUUCGCGGAAAACCACAGGCGGCUGUGCGCGAAGGCGUCGGCUCAGCCACCGCAGCUCCUCCCCCGGGGAUGAAAAAGCAAACUGACGUCUUGAAAGCUGGCAGCUCUCUGUAUGGAAAAUCUCUUCCCAGUGAAAAAAUGUACAGACAAGAUUACUAAGUAACAGUCUUCUGGGAAUGCCUUAUCAAUGCCAGCUAUUUGAAGAGCACCCAAAGUCAAACUAGUGCUCCGCACUGGCAGUCUGGAAAAGACAGAUGUAUGUGAGUAGAGAAACUGAUAGACAACUAGUCGCUGACCAGUUGGCCUGUUUUCAUACUACAAGCCUUCAGAAAGCAGUCGCCUCCUUUUACUAUGUUUCUAUUUCUAAACCAAAAUGAAAAGGACAUUUGUUCAAAAGAUA